UCCGCGCACGCACUUCGAGUGCCGCGUUUCCAUGGAAGUAACGGUAACCAUACAAACGGACGGAUUCUUUGUUGGAAUCUUGCCAUUGUGGCGAAACAAAACGAAUUGUUUUCAAAUCAUCUCUUUAUUGAAUCACAAUGACCGAUGCGAUUGUUCAGUCAUCGAUUAAGAACGACAACUGUGCCCGUCCUUUAGGAGUCAAAAGACAACACCCGAGGGAUAACGAGAAACCAGACAAACCAAAGCAAAAAGCGCAAGAGGUAAACGAAAAAAUAAUUAACAAGACAAAAGAACAAAAUGAUUGCUUGAUUCAGGCGCAGCAAUGGAUGCCAAUCUUCAAAGGAUUUCCAGUCGAUCCUAUGGGGCAAACUUUUCUCCGGAUGCCACAUGUAUGUCACACGGUUCAGGCAGAAAUGCGACAAGAAAAUAAUGCAAAAGUUAAAAGGCCAAUGAACGCAUUUAUGAUAUGGGCCCGACUUCACCGCUCUACUAUCGCUAAACGAUACCCACAGGCAAAUAACGCGGAGAUAUCCAUCAGACUUGGAGAAAUCUGGAACGACUUAUCAAGCGAACAGCAAAAGCCCUACUUCGACGAAGCAACUCGUCUUAAAGACAAGCACAAGGCCGAGCAUCCUAAUUGGGUUUACCAACCAAGGCCGGCAAAGCGCCGUGCUUUGCAACUAGGGACUCCCGGGGCAAACGGGUUUUUGGUAGGCACAAUAAAGGAUUCUCAAAAUGCGAGUUCACAUUCUUUUCAUAUGUCAGAAGCUCAGAUGUUUUCAAUGCAGGGUAAAUCCACCCUCACGCAGUCCCUUCCACGGCAGUCCAUUCCGUCUGCUACGUGUUCCAGAUCAGCUACAAGUAACUACAUGAGCGGACAUGGGCAAUUUGAUUCCACAAUAGAUCAGGAGCUGGUAAAACAAAUCCUUUCCGAAAGCUCUGAAAGCAAAGACUCAAGGAAAUCAGUCGAUCUAAGACGUAGCGAAACGGCGGAUUGGAUAAAAGGGGGCUACAGGACCGUGGAGUCUGGAUCGUACUCGGGGAAUCGAAUGAGCGUUCACGAAGAUCUGGUUCGGGAGGACGCUAUGUUGACGAGUGUUGAAGGGACCGAGGACGACAAAGAUCUGGAAUACGAUAACAGUGAACUGGACAAGUAUCUUGCCGGCUUGGACGAGACCAUCAAAAAGAGCCUGGAAAAACUUAACGAGGCACCUGAUGACCUUGACCUUGAGGAAAGCCUGUCAAACCAGUUUAGCGAGUUAGAUGAUGACGAGGAAGAGGACGAGUUAUAGCUAGCCCCACCCUCCCCCUCACGGGCGGUUGUAUUUGUAGACUAUUUUGUUUUCAGAUUAGGGAACUUUGUGAGGCAUUUAUUAGUUAUGGUAUCAUCUGGAAUUUGUACAUACAUAACUAAAAAUAAUAGCAUUUGACUAGAAAAUAAUUAAAGACAUUAUGUGGUAUUUUUUUA